AUGCCCCGCGGCAAGAACGAUAACAAACCUCGUGGUCGUAUGACUGCCUACGCAUUUUUUGUUCAGACUUGUAGAGAAGAACAUAAGAAAAAACAUCCCGAUGAAAAUGUUGUUUUUGCUGAAUUUUCAAAAAAGUGUGCCGAAAGGUGGAAGACGAUGUUGGACAAAGAAAAGCGUAGAUUUCACGAAAUGGCAGAAAAGGAUAAAUUAAGAUAUGAUUCAGAAAUGCAAAAUUAUGUCCCAUCAAAAGCAGAGAAAAGAGGGAAAAAAAGGAAACACAUCAAGGAUCCGAAUGCUCCUAAAAGAUCAUUGUCUGCAUUUUUUUGGUUUUGCAAUGAUGAAAGGCCAAAAGUAAAAGCUAUUAAUCCAGAAUAUGGUGUAGGAGAUGUUGCUAAAGAAUUGGGCCGACGUUGGGCUGAAGCUGAUCCAGACACAAAAUCAAAAUAUGAAGCCAUGGCUGAAAAAGAUAAAGCCAGAUAUGACAGAAAAAAACCAAAAUCCUUUGCAGAUGAUGAUGAUGAAGAGGAAUUGGAGGAAGAUGAUGAAGAAGAUGAAGACAUGUAA